AUGUCAAAGAAAAGAAAGAAUAGCUCUUCCUCAUCAUCAUCCUCGUCUUCAUCUUCCUCUCCGGAGAAAAAGAUCUUUGUUAACCAAUGUGACAAGUAUAAGGAAGAGAGAUAGUCUGAAAUUCGGAUUCAUUUCUACUUUAAGGAUUUGUACAUAGGGGGACUAAGAGAAGAUGAAUUUUUGUUUUAUUUACAUGGACGCAUAUAAAAGGCUGGUCCAUGCGAUUUGUUACAAAUUAGUUCAAUUAAUAAGGAAACACAAACAAUUGAUGUUGCUGUGGGAUUCAAAUAUGAUGAUGAUGCACUCAAAGUAUAUUAGGGGAAGGUCUCCGUAAAGACAAAGGACAAACUGACACCAAUCUUAUCCAAAGUCUACACAGAAGUGUUAAAAGAACAAGGACAUAUGAUGAAAGAAUAAUAGAGUGAUUUUCGUAAGUCCCAAUAGAAAGAAUUGUCACGUGAAAAGGAGAAGCCCCAACAAUACAUUCCAACCUAUAAUUAUAACAUAUCUAAGGAAUAGCUAUACAUCUUUGGAGUUCCUAAAGAAUUUACUAUAGAAGAUUGCAUAUCCGAGAUUAAGCAGACCUACGAUUUAGUGGUUAAGCCUGAGGGAAUAUUUAGAUCAGAGAAGGUUGGAGACAUAACAUAUGAAUAUUUGGAAUUGUAAGUGGAGAGGAUUCCUUGCCAAUAGAUUCUAAAGAAGUUGCCUUUGGUAUUAAAGAACAUCUCCUUGUUAUGCAUAUAAAAGAAGAAGCGAACAGAUCCUUUUAAUGAUGUGUUGAAGCCUUAUCAGGUGGUAUUAAGUGGCAAAGUGAAUCUGUCAUAAGUCUAUGCUCAUAUGAAUACAAUAGGAGGAGUAUUAUUUCAUUAAAUUAGUGAAUAAAAGUAUUGCAUAAUGAUGCAAAGUGAAUAAUCAGUAAUUGACUUAAAAUUGCCUUGCACUCUAGAUAUCUAGAAGGUCUAAUGUUAGGUAAGUCAAAGUCCUGACUUUAAUUUGCAAAUGGGAAGACCUAGUCUGAAUGAAACAACCUAUUAUAAGAUUUAAGAGUUCAAAAAGAAGCAAGAAGAAAUGAAAUUAGCUCGCUUACAUUCGAGUUCAAGUUCGAGUUCUAGUUCCAGCUCUAGUUCCAGUUCUAGAAGUAGAAGCAGAAACAAAAAGAAGAAGAAGCACCAUCACAAGAAGAAGCAUUGA